AUGAACAAAACCGCCGAAGAGCUUCUUGACAGUAGGAAGUGUGCUUCUGAAGGCCUCACCAAUGCCUUGACUUCUUUUAUGAUGAAAAUGAAUUUUUCUUUUAUUGUCACAGUAAUUCUAAUUAGCUAUUGUUGUUCUUGGCUAGCAAUUCAAGCCUGAUAAAUUUUAUAUGUAUCAAAAAAGUCUAUAAAUGUGUUAGUCAACAACACGUUUAAAAGAUCCGUCAGAUAUACCGAAGCAUUGUUUAUGCAGCUGAACCUUGCAAACUACUAUACCUCUCAUCAGAUUGCGUUUUUGAACUGCAUUUCUAUUACCUCACUAACUAUUUCUCCACGUAUUCAGUAUUUUCACUCACUUUUGACAGAUUGAUAUCACACUACAAAUCAAAAUUCUACCACAUCAAUCAAUACUUUAUCGCUAUAUCUCUCCUAGUUUUUCAGCUUUUUCUUACAUUAUUAUCGUUUUACAUUGCAUUCUACGGGGUUCCUUUAGCAGGUUACAUACCAAUGUGCACAUAUCACCCUGCAUUAUCUGUUUACUAUAGUACGAUUAACAAUGUGCGUACUGGAGUUAUGGUUUCUUGUAUUAUUGUUACCAUAUUUGUGUAUUACUUAAGUGUGAAUUUAGAGAAGCGAAUCCAAAAAACCAGUUAUUCCCCUGGAGAACGAUAUUCUGCAUACGAAAACGUUACAACAUCCAAAUCAGUAUGCAUUUUAAUUGUUCUUCAAUUCUCAUGCAUUAUGAUAUCGUCAUUUGGAGUGAAUUUGCUUAUGAUGAGUGAAAAAUCAAUGUCAGAGAAAGUGUUCCACACAAUUGUUCCGUUUCUACCGGGUGUAACCUAUGCAAAUUUAUGUCUUCCUCUUGUCAUCUUUAUCCAGACAACACUAACAAUUCGGACUAGGAAAAUGCGAAUUGCAGUAAUGACAUCAAUGUAUGGAGAUGUCAAAGAUCAUAUGAAUCGGCUCAAGAAAAGCUGGGAAUAA